GAGAGCUGGCGGGCGAGCCGGAGAGCGGCGGAGGCGGCGCUGGAGGGAAGGGGCGCGCGGCAGGCCCACGGGGAGCCGCCCGGGCGCACGGAGUCCGCGUCCGCUCUCGACCGUCCCCGCUCCGCGACCGUACCUGAGGGCGCCGGGAGCCCGGGCAGCGGCGCGCCGGACCGGGGUGGCGUGGGGGCCGGGGACCUGGGAAGCGGGAGGAGCCGGAGCUCGACCAGGAUGAGAAGGUGACGCCGCCGGGGGGCGCCACUCGCUCUGUGGGGGAAGAUGCUCGCCUACUGCGUGCAAGAUGCCACCGUGGUGGACGUGGAGAAACGGAGGAACCCCUCCAAGCACUAUGUAUACAUCAUUAACGUGACCUGGUCCGACUCCACGUCCCAGACCAUCUACCGGAGGUACAGCAAGUUCUUUGACCUGCAGAUGCAGCUUUUGGAUAAGUUUCCCAUCGAAGGUGGCCAGAAGGACCCCAAGCAGAGAAUCAUCCCCUUCCUCCCAGGAACAUGUGGAAGAGCCCAUUUCUCUUUGAUGACACUGUCCAGUCUGCAGUGUCAUCCCUCUGCCGGGGACACAGCCCCUCUACUAGGCUUGGGCAAAAUCCUCUUCCGGAGAAGCCACAUCCGGGACGUAGCUGUGAAGCGGCUGAAGCCCAUCGAUGAGUACUGCCGGGCACUUGUCCGGCUGCCACCCCAUAUUUCACAGUGUGAUGAAGUCUUUCGGUUCUUUGAGGCCCGACCGGAGGAUGUCAACCCCCCGAAAGAGGACUAUGGCAGUUCCAAGAGGAAAUCAGUGUGGCUCUCCAGCUGGGCUGAGUCUCCUAAGAAGAACGUGACAGGUGCCGACACCCACGCCGAGCCCAUGAUCCUGGAACAGUACGUGGUGGUGUCCAACUAUAAGAAGCAGGAGAACUCGGAGCUGAGCCUCCAGGCCGGGGAGGUGGUGGAUGUCAUCGAGAAGAACGAGAGCGGCUGGUGGUUCGUGAGCACCUCUGAGGAACAGGGCUGGGUCCCUGCCACCUACCUGGAGGCCCAGAAUGGUACUCGGGACGACUCAGAUAUCAACACCUCCAAGACUGGGGAAGUGUCCAAGAGACGCAAGGCCCAUCUGCGGCGCCUGGAUCGCCGGUGGACCCUGGGCGGGAUGGUCAACAGGCAGCACAGCCGAGAGGAGAAGUAUGUCACUGUGCAGCCUUACACCAGCCAGAGCAAGGACGAGAUUGGCUUUGAGAAGGGCGUCACCGUGGAGGUGAUCCGGAAGAAUCUGGAGGGCUGGUGGUACAUCAGAUACCUGGGCAAAGAGGGCUGGGCACCAGCAUCCUACCUGAAGAAAGCCAAGGAUGACCUGCCAGCACGGAAGAAGAAUCUGGCAGGCCCAGUGGAGAUCAUCGGGAACAUCAUGGAGAUCAGCAACCUGCUGAACAAAAAGGCGUCCGGGGACAAGGAGACCACCCCAGCUGAAGGCGAGGCCCCAGAGGCCCCCAUCACCAAGAAGGAGAUCAGCCUGCCCAUCCUCUGCAAUGCUUCCAACGGCAGCGCCCUGGGUGUCCCCGAGAGGACCGUCUCCAAGCUGGCCCAGGGCUCCCCAGCCGUGGCCAGGAUUGCCCCUCAGAGGGCCCAGAUCAGCUCCCCGAACCUCAGGACAAGGCCUCCACCUCGCAGAGAGUCCAGCUUGGGGUUCCAGCUGCCUAAGCCGCCAGAGCCCCCUUCUGUUGAGGUGGAGUACUACACCAUUGCUGAAUUCCAGUCGUGCAUUUCUGAUGGGAUCAGUUUUCGAGGCGGACAGAAGGCAGAGGUCAUCGACAAGAACUCGGGUGGCUGGUGGUACGUGCAGAUCGGUGAGAAGGAGGGCUGGGCCCCCGCGUCGUACAUCGAUAAGCGCAGGAAGCCCAACCUGAGCCGCCGCACGAGCACUCUGACGCGGCCCAAGGUGCCCCCACCGGCACCGCCCAGCAAGCCCAAGGAGGCCGAGGAGGGUCUGGCGGGUGCUGGUGAGAGCCAGGACUCCCCGCUGAGGCUCAGGUACGAGGAGCCCGAGUAUGACAUCCCUGCCUUUGGCUUCGACUCAGAGCCAGAGCUGAGUGAGGAGCCCGCAGAGGACGGCAGCUCGGGGGACAGGCGGCCCGGCCAGCCCCACAAGCCCUCGCCCGCCUUCUCGCUGCAGCGCGCCCGCUUCAAGGUGGGCGGAUCUGCAGAGGACGUGGCCCUGGAGGAGGAGACCAUCUAUGAGAACGAGGGCUUCCGGGCAUGUGCAGAGGACGCCCUGUCGGCCAGGCGCUCCUCCCGGGAAAGCGACUCCCCAGGCGGCUCCCCGCUGUCCCUUGCCAGGAAAAACUCCCCCAGAUCGGGCUCCCCCAAAUCGUCGUCGCUCUUGAAGCUCAAGGCAGAGAAGAACGCCCAGGCGGAACUGGGGAAGAACCACUCCUCGGCCUCCUUUUCCUCGUCCAUCACCAUCAACACCACCUGCUCUUCCUCUUCCUCCUCUUCCUCCUCGUCCUUGUCCAAGAACAGUGAGGACCUGAAGCGCCGUUCUGCCUCGGACGCAGGCAUCCGCGGCGCUCCCAAGGUCGGAGCGAGGAAGGAUGCUGACCCGAAGACUGGGCUGACCUCCUGUGCCCGGGCCAAGCCAUCAGUUCGGCCCAAGCCGUUCCUGAACCGCACAGAGUCCCAGAGUCAGGAGAAGAUGGACAUCAGCACUUUACGGCGCCAGCUGAGGCCCACUGGCCAGCUCCGGGGCGGCCUCAAGGGCUCCAAGAGCGAGGAUUCGGAGCUGCCACCCCAGAUGGCCUUCGAGGGUCCCGGUGAGGGGUCCAGGAGAGGCUCGGCCGACCUCAUCACCCUCCCUGCCGCCACGCCCCCGUGUCCCACCAAGAAGGGGUGGGAAGGGCAGGCCACCUCCUACACGACAUGUAGUGCCUACCAAAAGGUCCAGGACUCGGAGAUCAGCUUCCCGGCAGGCGUGGAGGUGCAGGUGCUUGAGAAGCUGGAAAGUGGCUGGUGGUACGUGAGGUUUGGGGAGCUGGAGGGCUGGGCCCCCUCCCACUAUCUGGUGCUCGGUGAGAACGAGCAAUUCGACCCCCCUGGCAAAGAGCUGGACACAGUGGCCACCAAGAGCAAGCAGAACGAGGGCAAGUCAGACAGUCUGGAAAAGAUCGAGAAGCGGGUCCAAGCGCUGAACACCGUCAACCAGAGCAAAAGGGCCACGCCACCCAUCCCCUCCAAGCCUCCCGGCGGCUUCGUCAAGACCUCGGGCGCCGGGGCGGUGAAGAUGAGGAAUGGCGUGCGGCAGGUGGCCGUGAGGCCCCAGUCGGUGUUCGUGUCCCCACCGCCCAAGGACAGCAACCUGUCCUGUGCCCUGAGGAGGAAUGAGUCGCUGACGGCCACCGACGGCCUCCGAGGCGUCCGCCGGAACUCCUCCUUCAGCACUGCCCGCUCGGCAGCCGCAGAAGCCAAGGGCCGCCUGGUCGAACGGGCCGCCAGCCAGGGCUCGGACCCUCCUCUGCUGCCCACUCAGCGCAACGGCAUCCCGGUGUCCCCUGUGCGCCCCAAGCCCAUUGAGAAGUCCCAGUUCAUCCACAACAACCUCAAAGAUGUGUACGUCUCGAUCGCAGACUACGAGGGGGAUGAGGAGACGGCGGGCUUCCAGGAGGGCGUGUCCAUGGAGGUCCUCGAGAGGAACCCCAACGGCUGGUGGUACUGCCAGAUUCUGGACGGGGUGAAGCCCUUCAAAGGCUGGGUGCCCUCCAACUACUUGGAGAAAAAGAACUAACGAGGAGUGGUGGGGGGUCUAAGUCCUUGCAGCCUCAGUAUGGGUGAGCUGUGAGAGAAGACAAAAGGGAAAGGGAAAAUGGGAGGGGGUGGGGAGGACAACGUUAAACCUGCAGAAUGUGGGACCUCGAAGAUACUCCCCUCCAGGCUGUCCCCCAGCUGGAAGGUAGGGUCUGGUGGGGGCCCACAUUGAGCAGGGAGUGGAAGGGGCAGGGGUGUCCUGGGCCUGGGACCGGAGGCAAGAAAGCUGAGCCUCACACGUGCACCUUGGGGACUCUGCUGAUGGACUCGGCACCAUUUGGGACAGGCCAUGUAGGAAACCCCAAUUUGUGCCUUGGCUGCAAAUCUGGAAAAGGUGUGGUUGUGCGGGCCUCCUGUGCCCUGCCCCUGCCUAGCCUGGCUUCCGUUGCUGGCAUCUUGUACCCCGGAAGUAGCCCUUGUAUCAUCCUAAUCUAUGUUUGUGAGUUACGCUGGUUUCCCAGGAAUCUCUGCUGCCUGCCAUGGGUGGGUGUGGUAGGAGAUACCACUGGCCCUGGGGCUGGGAGGCAUCUCCUGCGAGCUCAGGCUGUCCCUGGGCCAGGCCACUGUUUCUUGUUAGUUGAAGAAAAAGCAGUUCCCCAGCUGCCAGCAAGGACCACCAUUCUUAGCCGUCACUGCUGCUGGCCUUGAGAAGAGAGGCUGCCCUGCCUGGGGCACCCCCGUGGAGGACCACCAGCUCCAGUGUUCACAGAGAGGGCAGGUAGAGCCGUCGGUCUUUUCACAGUCUGCACAGACUUUAUUUUGGAUAUUUCUGGGUGGGCAGUUCUUUGCAGGUUUUGGGAGAGGUGUAUUGCUUUGGGCCUUCUAUGUCAGGCCUUGGGUUUUGGUCUUACUUUAGGAGUUGUUUGGGGACCCAAGGGCGGUCAGCCUCACGGGACGGGAUGGGUAGUGGAUGGCCUUUCUAUCAUACUCUUGUGGGGAGGUGGUUUGGUUUGUGUUUUGCAUCCUUCCCUCCACAAGCCAAAGUCGCUUCAUUUGGUUUCCACUGUGUGGACAGUACUGGUGCUUGCCAGAGGGAUCUCGGGCUGGAGGAGCCCUGGUCCCAGCCGUGGCAAAGCAGAGACGCUGCUCUCCUGGUUCUUGUGCAACCUCAGCAGGGCAGAACCCUCAGCAGGGAGGCGGGUGGUGUUCAGGAGAGGGGCAGCGAACGUUCCCCUGCCUGGGCAGGGCCCGAAGCCUUAUGUGAAGGCUGUGGAGCAGCAGCCAUCGCCCUCACCCUGGGCCCAGGGGAACCUGCUGGGCGGACACCACCAGGCACCCCCUGGCCUGCAAGCAAUAUCGCAGGUGCCCGAGGAGGCGAAGAUCCCUGGGCCAGGAGCCAACCUGGUCUUUCCGAGGGGCAGUGCCCCUGCAAAGAGAGAAGGGAGAGAAUGACGUCCCUGUCAACUCUGGGUGGUGUCUUUCAGUCGACACUUCAGAGGCCAAACUGGCUUCCCCAAGGACUCACUCUUCACUGGGAGUGGAUUUCCACACGUGCCUUUGAUUGUGGACAGAUCAGGCUUCACAGCCCCCGACUCAGCUGCCAGAUCCUGGACUAAGGAGGAAAGGCCCUCCCUCCGCCCACACUCCCCCGCCCCCCAGGCAGCGUAUGAUGCCUGAAGAACAGCGGGGGACCCGCGCCUGUGCCCUCAGCCCCCAGCCGCCCUGCCCUCCUCCUUCGCCGUACACUGACGCCUGGCAGCUCUAGCAAACUGCUCCCGUUCUAUGUUCAAAAGGCCGUGGUGAGAUUUUGCUUCCUUUUGUUUGUUUAAAAUUAAAAUUAGUUACUAUUUUCUUCUGCUGGACAGUAUUAAAUAGAGCAGGAUGUUGAGUUAUCUGCUAGAUUGCAGUACUAAUGGUAGUGUUGUAGUGUCUUCAUAUUAAUAUUAUUUGGACUUAUUUGAACAAUAAUGAUAAAGAAGUGGUUCAUUAUUUUUUAAUUAAUGCACUUUAAUACGGUGGAAUGGAAAGAAACCCAGAGAGCAAAGUGCAUUACUUAAAGAUGCAGUAUAUACUUUUCUCAUUUUUAAGCAGCACAUAUUUAUUAAAAGAAAAAAAAGUAAUUUAUGAUUAUUUAAAAUAAAAUUUAAAAGUAGAGUGAUUGUCGGGUUAAAGGACCUUCCACGUAGCUAUCUUCCAGGGGGAUGGCCCCAGCGGCCUCACUCCUCAAUGUCUGCACUGAGCCAGUUCAAUCAGUAACACGCCAGCCAGGCCAGGAAGGAGUGCAGGACGCAUCUGCUAAGCACAGAGCAUCUCAGUCGGACUGGACCACAGUGCUCCCCAGAGCCUAUCUUUCCCUGCCCUUCCUCACUGCACUGCCUUGUGGGACUCUCCACCACCCACAAGGCAGAUGUUCUCCCAGCCCCCCAAGGACCCUCUCUCCUUAAUCCCCAGUGCCCUUAAGUGAGUCAUUGUAAGUGACCUUCAGGGUCACUCCAUCCCAUACCCUCUUGUUACUGCAGCCCAAAGACAGGAAUUAGCUUUCCCCAAAUCACAUAGCUAGUUAACGGCAGACCUCCCCACUGCGUCCACCCCUGCACUCCUCCCCAGCCCCGCUAGAGUUUAUAGUGUGGUCAUCAUGUUUACAAUGUGACAUCCAGCCCCGAGGAUGGCUGGGGGUUGCUCAGGCAUCCAGGAAAAGUAGAGAAUGCUGCCACCUGGUGACAGCAUGUAGCUUUGGGCAGUGAACAGGGAUUGCCAUGCCCCGUCUUCGCCCCUUGCCCCUCACCAUCAACCCCCUUACAGCACAGCACAAACCCUGCAAACCCAAAGAGAAUAUUAAUACUUGAAGCAAGAAGGGUGCAUGCCAGUCCCUCUCAGACAUGGCCAGGGGAUGCCAGGCCUUGUGCCCCUGGACUCCUAGCCCUGCCCAGGGCAAGAGGGCUUUUCCCUAGAGCUACUGAGCUGCUUUGUGACGUUGGAGGGUACUUCUGGCAGCAGGUAGAGGAGGGAGGGGUCUGUGGCUCUGACCCAUCUGGAGGAAAACCAGAUCGGACUUUAAAAGGUUUAAAAAAAAAAAAAAUCUCAGCAGUGUCCAAACCUAGUUUUCCAUUAGUUGCGAUUGAAAAUGUGAAAUGACGUUGUAUUGCUGUAUACUGCAACUUUAAUCAAAAUGAGCCCUUCUGAGGUCAUUAUUGAGGUUUAUAUAAUGCCCGAAGAUGCAUCAUUUGGUGCUUUUCCUUUCAGUUUAAAGACUUUUUUCUUUUAUUACAAGGGAAAAAGAUGUCUUCAUCUCUCUCCCACUUUGUAACAGGGGCCUGGCUGGGCUCCCUGGCCCCAUCAUGCUGUUCCCACUAGGCCAAGGGACCCCGAGGGUGGCAAGAGGGAGCUGGAGGGGGCAGCCUGAACAGCAGGUGUGCCAUCUGCCCCAGCUGUGGCUGGGCCCUCUGGCCAGCCUUCAGCCCGUUCACCCCCAGCCUAGCCCCACAGGGUCCUCUCUCUUCCUCCUCCAUGCUCCAUCUUGACGAAGGCAUUAUAUAGAAUCGUUUUAAUCACUUUCAGAUGUUAGAGCAGCGUAUUUUACUGGCAUUUAUAUCCAUUGCUUUCCUCAGCAAGGCAUGUUACUAUUAUCAUCUAAGGAAAAAAGACAAGGGAAUUUCGGUCAAGCAUUAUUUUCAUAUUACUAGUAUUUGCAGAAUAGGUGUAGAACUGUUUAAGUUUAGACCUUGGUUUGGUAGUUUGUUUUGUUUUUAUGGAAAAAAAGAUAAAGUAACCCCUACUUUUCCUGUUUUUGUAUUUAACUAAUAUAUUAUUUCUUUAAGGUUACUCACUUCCCCUACCCGCUCCAAAUACUUUGCAUUCUCAAUCGAAAAUGAAAACAAUCUGAGAGACAGGAAAAGUGCAAUAUUAUCAAGAGGGAUGCCAGGGCUUGUUGGGAUGGUGGCGGGAGAGCCAGCAACCCCGUCUCUCGCUAGGGGAGGUGGGGCUCCUGGAAGAAGUCGUAGCUGUGGAGCCUAUAGAUGACCUGGGUAUUGAUUUUUUUUUACCCCUCCUCCCCUUCCCCCUUCCCUGGCAAGAUGGCAGGGGUCCCCGCCAGAGGGCAUCCCCUUCUGCUGGGUGUUGUCCGCCCAGAAGAGAGGGAUUCAGGGAAGUGGCAUGGGGCACUUGGCCUCCCCGGGGCCCCAGCCCCAGGCACAGAGCAAGGGCCUCCAGGAACCGUUCCUUGUUUUCAUUUCCGUUGUUUUUCAGCCAGCUGCUCAGAAAGACCUGUCCCCAAAAUAACCCUUGGCAGCCCUCUCAUGCCAAUCUCUUGAUGUUUGGGCCAUGAUCCUUUCGAUGUAUGUUUGAGUCUUUCUAAAACUACGUAACCUCAAGUUCAGUUUAUGGGCAGGAACCCUCGAUGUAAUCAAACCCUUCUGGAGGGAUGUGGGUGCCUUGAGCCCAGCGUUCCCCAGUGACGCACCGAUUCCCACAAGCCUGCAGCUGGGCCUGGUGCUGAGCCAGGGCCACCCGUUCAUCUCAAUGACUUCAGCCCGAGCAAGGCGCGAGCCCUGCCUCUGCUCAACACCCCGACAGUCCCCAGAAGGGCCUGGAGAAGCGUCGGAGGAGCCUGCUGAGGUCCCUGCAGACAGAACUUCCCACGACAGGUACCAAGCCGCCGCCUCCUACCUGGGUGCCAGUAGAGAGGGGACAGGACGGGAAGUCUCUGGGUCCAAAGCUCUGCCCCUCAAGGCGACAGGGACAUCCUUGCGGGCUCAUCCCCUCCACCUCCAGUACUGUACGCUUGCUGCUCCAUCCCGUUCGGUGAAUUUCUGUACAAAUAGGAACCUGGCGCCCAGAGUGGGACCGCGCCCCCGUGUGGGGGUGGCUCUCCUUGGAGUGUAUACGUCUAUAGGUCCAAUCUUCAAGAAUCCCGAUGCAGAGCUCUCUGGAAAGAGAACCAUCCACAGUGCUAAAGAAUUAAGAUUCCCUCACUUUUUUGAGGGCUGUGUGUUGUUGAGGUAGAGAGAGUGUGUGUGUGUGUGUGUGUGUGCAUUCGAGUGCGUUAUGUGAGAGUGUUGGUCAUUUCCCACUUGAACUAAAGAACAUGGGGUUAGAGGAAAAACAUACUGGGCAAGCUGUCUCCAUUGAACAAGUCCUUGGCAUUGGGCAGGCCCCGAAGGACUCACAGCUUCUGGCAGCAAGCGUAUGUGUUAUUCACACGUGUAAUUCUGGCUGGAGAGUGCAAUGUGUCUUUUUUUUUUUUUUGGUAAUUAUUUUAUUAAGUAUUUAGUUGGAAACUUCACACUGGCAUUAACAGAUCUAGCAGAAGCAGCCUAGGCCACCGUCCCGGGCUCCAAAAUGAAGAUGUGGAAAGGUGCCGCCACUGGGUGUGGAAGUGCCGAGGCGGUCAGAUGGGGCUGCCACCCGCAGUGUCUCUAGUAGGCUGACUCCCAGCCUUUGCCAUGCAUAUCGCCACUGUGGGAAUCCCCAUGUCAGGAGAGCAGCUGGCCCUCAGUUCUUAUAUUGCUGAGGGUGGAUCAGGCUGGUCGGGGCGAGAAAUUGGUCACCGUGAGCUCAGUGGACCUACCCGUGCGGGUACGUCAGCACCCCGGGUCUAGACUGCAGGCCUGACUGAACGCUUCAUGGGAAUCAUGUGGAGGGCUCCCCCUUGACAUUACUGAGCUUUUUGUCUAAAUCAUGAUCUCUGGUUGGGGCAGCCCCUGGUUCUCAAGCUCUGUGAUCAGAGCCAGUGACACAACAGGGUCAGUGACCUACAGCUGCACUUCAGGAAGAAGAGCCCCACUGAUAAUAGCAUCGCUCCUGUUUUGUCCUGUGCACCUGGGUCCUCAGGCCAGAAGUUGGGCACACUGGUGCUUAUAGACUGGGUAGAGGACUCUGUCUUCCUGGGCCUUGGUCCCAGGCUGCCUAUAAUGUUGGUUUUACCAUGCCAUCCCCCUUCCCGGAGCCUAUCUUUUUAACCUUGAGUUUGCACUUGACCUUGACAAUCAGCCCCCUCUCCCAUUCCAGAACUUAGUGGCCUUAGAGAAUGGGUCCCUACGAUGAAGGUCCCUCCUUUGUUCCCAUUUCCAUCCUAGCUAAUGGGCUGGACCUCAGGAGGCAAGAGAGAAAGGAAGAAUUGUCGUUUUAAAGCAAAAGUAUGGAUCGAGCACGUUGGAGAAUCACCUCCUGAUUCUCCCUGCCACAAGGAAACAUAUCCAGCUGAGUGGCAAAAGCCACAUCACCCCAAAUGAAACAUGACCUGCAGGGUCCGGGCCCUCUGAGGACACUGGAGGGGUGGGGGGACAGCCCAGCUGUGCCACUCAUUUGGCAUAGGCCUCCUCACCGACCAGUGGGAGCAGCAGCGGAGCUUCCAGGUCUGGGCUUCGGGGUUUAUCUGGUGAGAUCUGAGAACUAUGGACUAGAUAAUUGAGUCCCACCCAGAACUCAUCUUCGGUGUCUGUGACUCCUUGACUAGACCCCAUGAAGGGCGGGGUGGGCGCUCUUUCCCCCUACCCAGACACGCCCCUCCUCCAGGGAAGGCUGGGUCUGGAGGCGCCAGCCUCCGGGUGCACCUGGGGGGAGGCGGGCACGUGGCCGGGGGCACUCACCGAGGAUGCGGAUCUGCGUGAUGGCCCCGUGCAGGCCGAAGAGCAUCCAAAGCGGCUGCGAGGCGUCCACGCACAGCUGCAUGCCCGCCGCGGAGCCAUUGUGGCUGAGGUGCAGCUCACCGUCGGGGUUGACCACCAGGCCCAGGAUGUCGCCGCUGUGCAGGGGCCCGGGCACGCGGCACACGGCCCAGAACUCCUUACGGUCCACCAGUGCCUCGGGGCUGAAAGGCAGGUCGGCUGGCCGCAGCGUGCCGGGGUCGCACGUGGUGACGCCGAAGGAGAGCGCGCCAGGCCGUGCGCCGCCCGAACGCGUGAUCUUGACGAAGAUGGUCUCGGCCACGCGCACGGGCCGGCUGGUGAAGACGAGCGCGCGCUCGUCGCGCCCAUGCUCCAGGCGCGCCACCGUCUGCUCGUCCAGGAUGCGGACGUGUGCGCCGGCGCGCAGCGCGUGGAAGCGCAGGUCGCCGUCGAGCUGCGCUGGCAGAGCGUGGCUGUGCUGGGAGUUGAGCGAGUUCUGCGGGAUGGGGCAGCCAGCGGCCGGCGUGGUCUCGUCGCCGUCGGCGCCCGGCACGUUGAGGUCGCACAGGCUCACGGAGAGGCGCGCUUCCUCGGCCUCACGUCGCAGCGACGGCCGCCGCAGGGCGGUGAAAGAGCGCGGCCGCACGCAGUCCGGUAGCACCAGCUCGCUGUCUGCGGCGAGAGGGAGACAGGGUGACCAUCACGCGGUCCACAGCGCCCAGUCCCCAUCGCCUGCGCACCUCCUCCCACUGGUCUUUAAAGCGCGCAGCAGUAAGACGCACCGGGUUUCUAAUGGCACAGAAAAUGCUAGGACAUAACGUCGUGCAGGACUUCUAACUACGUAUUUGUUUAAGCAAAGGAUCAAGGCCGGCAGGAAGGACACCAAAACUAAAAACAUGAUUACUUCUAAAUAGUAUGCUUAUUAAAAUUGGAUUUUUUUUCUAACUCCUGGGGCCCUCCCUUUUUAUCCCAGCAGCCAGAAGAGCACCCGGCACUUAGAAGGCAGCAGUAAAUAAUAUUUGUUGAAUGCAUGUUGACAUCCUACCCGUCUGGGAGGCCAGAGAGAACCCCCCCUCCCUAGAACGCCUCUGCACAAAUGGCAGAGAGACGUUCUUACCCCAACAAUUACCUUGUGAAGUUACUGCCACGGAAGGACAUUGAGGCUGAGAAGUUAAGUGAAUUUAUCCAAGCUAUCCUUUCAAAACUGACAACUGGAAAUCAAACCCUUUCCCUUUUUACUCAUACAAGUAAUACAGACUGUAUUUUGUAGAAAAGACAGUUCAUCAAAAAGAAAAAGUAAUCUCCUGUCAGCCCACCAUCCAUAGGAAAAUACUAUUAAUAUUUGGAUAUAUGAGUUUCCAGCCUUUUUUCAAUAUAUUUUAGUUAUUUCUUUUUUUUAAAACAAAAAUUGAAUCAUGCUAUAUAAAUGCCAGUAGUUUUAAACUAUAUAUCUCUUUGAAAAUGUGGCAACUUUUAUCUAUCUUCUCAGAAAAAUGCACGUUCUCCCUAAAUUCUGUGGAUAAUUUCAGGGCAUCGACUCCAGGUGAAGAACUCUGCUAUACAAAUUUUCUUUUCAAACCAGCUUUUCCAUUUACUGUGUCCUGAAUACCUUUCUACACUAAUAACCAUGUUUUUGAUACCAUACUUUUUUAAUGGCUGGUUAAUCUCUGCUUUAUGGAGUACUAUAAUUUGUAAUAAAAGUCAUCAGUUGCAAUGAA